UUAAUAUACUACAGUAAUACAGUACAUUAUUUUUUCAUGUAGAAGCUGCAGUUCUUUCUCUUAUUUCUUAUCAAAUGUGUAUGAAUUAUGCAUGAGCAUCCAACUACAUCACUCCAGAGGCACGAACUUUAAUGAUUUCAAAUCGUGUUGAUGCUGUAUGGCGUCAUUGUGUCGAAUAGCGUUUUACAGCUUUACACAGUGGUCCAAGUUCAAAUGUAGAACUUCAUUUAUAAACACAUCUCUUAACUUAUUGGGAGACAGAAGGGGAAAAUACAAGUGGGAUUGGAGCAGUUUUUUGUAUACGGACUGCAUGCUUUUAAGUGAACCAUACCGGUACCUAAAGGUUAACAGUUGGUUUGGAGUCUUUGCCGUUUGGCCUGUUCACAUAUGGGCCAAAACCCCGGAAAACCACGCUCAGACCCCUCAAAAAGACCAAGUGUGAAAACACCCUCAUGCAGGUUUAGAACAACAUGGGUAAAUGAUGAUAAAAAAAUUAUUUUGGGGUGAACUAUCCCUUUAAAGUAGUAAUCCGAUGCCCCUUAAUUCCACACAAAAAUGGGCUACCAACCACAACACCUCAUCUUCAUAAUAAAGAGUAUUGCAUGGACAAACACAGCUCGCAAUUAUUCAAAAAAAGAAUCCGGCUUAGUUCUAUUCUCUGCGUUUCAAAUCCCACAAUAGUUUUUUGCGACAGUCUGCAUAAUUAGUAUCAUAAUACAAAACAGUCCUCAGAACCUUUUAGAGUCAUUUGUGCACGGCGAGGGAGUUUUACAGUAACCUCAAGGGUCUUGUUGAUUGCCAUCUUUGAGUAGCUGGUUAAAUAAGAUUAACGAACAAUGCAAAUUAUAGCUUCUGCAAUGCAAAUUAAAUCAUUAACCCUGUUACCAUCUCUUUUUACCUGUGUUGAUAUUCAUCUCCUUGUUUCAUAAGUGCAGAUUGCCAUUUAAAGACAUGGACCGCUUUCCUCCCUGACGACUGUUUAAUUAUAAAUGUCAUAUUUCCUCUGUAACCAGAGUCUUCUUCAGUCAGUAUUUAUAUAUGAUUUGCUCAAUGUAAUAGGAAAUCACACAGCUUUAUUAAAUGUCACAAUCAGACCACGGGGAACAUCUUUCAGUGCGUUUCAGAGCUGACAUGUAUGCAUAAACUUCUCAAAACCUUGCUUGCGUACCUUGCAGGCAAUCUGUCUUAAAGCUGUAGUUGUUUUACUGAUGCUGUGCGGCAGGCGCUUCAUUAGUGCACCACCCGAGCUGGUUCAGACUAUCUCAUGUGCCCAUGGAAACCGACAUUGUGAACCUCUGAUCAAAAAACAAAAUAUACCCAACUGGAACGAUCAACCACAUCUUAGAAUUUACCACGUUUAGAGCAGAUAUUGUGGCACGUGUUUGAAAACUCAAAGAUUUACCUUGAGGGUUUGAAUCGAAUUGAUCUCCAUUUGCCGGUGCGUUUGACAUUUCUAUAUUUGUCAUUCCAAGAAAUAUUGCUCCUGUAUUCGUGCCUGGCUGUUUACAGAGCAGCGCUUGGUUAUUUUUUGACUGAGAUGAUUAUAAAGCCUUCAGAAUUAACCAGGUUUCUACUUGAAUGACUCAUAACAUUUGAGCUUCAUGCUGGUCGUGAGUGAGCAUGUCGACGCUGCUGGAUCUGAAAAGCAGUGUGCUGAGGCAGGUGCAGAGGAGUCAGUCCCUCAGGACCAGGAGAGAGCCUCCGGCUGCGGCCAGUGCUGGAGGAAGCCCACCGACAAUUGCACGCCGCUCUGGCACUACCAUACACAGGGUUGCCAGGGGAAACGGGGAGUUCUUUGAUCGCAUGAAUAAAAUCCUCCAGAAACAGGAUAGUCUGCUGUCUGCUGGCCAAACUGAGGAGGAGAGCAGCUGUUCUCCUCCACCCCCAGAGUGUAAGGAACAGACUUUUGUUCCAGAGAAAGCUACCAGGGAUGAGCUCGACUUGCUGUACGAGGAAGCCAUCUACACCGUGGUCAACCGGGUUGGGGUGCCAUCGCCAGAAUAUGUCACAAACGAAGGGGAGAUUUUCAGCUAUCUGCAGAAGGUCUUUGAUAUGGGUCAAGAGGAACAUGACAUCAUCCUGCAAAGAGUUCGAGAAUCCAAGAGAGCCAGCUAUUCUCUCAGGGUCUCUGUAAUGAAAGGCAAAAAUCUCAUGGCCAAAGACGCCAAUGGCUACAGUGACCCCUACUGCAUGCUGGGAAUUCUCCUGGGACAGUCGCCCAAAGAAACAGAAGAGAAAAAAGAGAGGAAGUUCAGUUUUCGCAAGAGGCGUGAAAAGUUAGAGAAGCGCUCCAGCGUUAAGGAGGUACUGGCGGGAAGGGAUAUCCAGGUGACCGACGUCAAACCAGAGACCCUAAACCCGGUGUGGAACGAACACUUUGUUUUUGAUAUUGAUGAUGUUCACAAUGACCUUCUGCAUUUGGACAUAUGGGAUCACGAUGACGAUGUUUCUGUUGCAGAAGCCUGUAAGAAACUGAACGAAAUCAGUGGAUUCAGAGGAAUGGGCAGAUAUUUCAAGCAAAUUGCCAAAUCGGUGAGGGCCAAUGGAGCAGCUGCGUCUGGAAGUGAGGAGAAUGCUGAUGACUUCCUGGGUUGCAUCAACAUCCCAUUGAAUGAGAUCCCGGUUGUUGGUUACGAUAAGUGGUUUAAGUUGGAGCCGAGGUCCAGCGCCUCUAAAGUUCAAGGAGAAUGUCACCUGAUUCUUCGUCUCUUUACCACUCAGAGAGAUACAGCGCUGAGUAAAAUGGCCUCCAAUGUCACCAUUCACAAGAAGAUGCUGAGUCAGAUUCUGGAGUACGAACACAAUCAGAUUCAGAAAGAGCCUUACAACUGGAACGGACAGGUGUGCGCGGCCGCAUGGACCGUGUUGUCCCAUCACGCGGUGCAGGCCGACCUUUCUCCGCUGCAGCAGGCCAUCAUCCGUUGGCAGUGUUACAGCAGUCACCACCGUUCUCAGAGGAUGAGCUACGCGCUGCUACUCAGACUGCUGAAAACAGUGGAGGCGGAGUGGGAGGACGCUGGCGUGCACGGCGAGCUGGAGAGUCUCUUGGCAGAAAGCUUCAGGCUUUACUGUGAUUACUGCCUAUCUCAAAUGAAGAGCAUGCGUCAAGUGUUCCCCUGCAACAAUUCGGCUGCCAUCAUACGCUGUGAGCUUAUGCUGAGGAGCAUCGGUCACAUGCAGUCCAUGGCAGCUUUUAGAACAGUGUGUUCAAACCGCAACGAACUACACUUGGAAAUAGCUACAGUUAUAAAGAAAGGCACCGUUGAGUGGUACGAAGGAAUAAUAUCAAACAUUAAACCAGAUGAAGGGAUUCUAGAGGAACAGAUGAGGCGUUUGGUUCUGGUGGUUGAUGCAGUUUGUUCUGAUGUGCAGAGAGGCCAGAAUGUCUACAACAAGCUUUAUUACAGCUCUGUGAAAGUCGACUUCUUCAGUAUUUCCUACCGGCAGUUAGAGAAACUUGUGGCAGAUGAUGUGAACGUCGCGAUGGAGCGGGUGUGUGGAAACCUGGAGCAGGAAAGUGCUCGACUCACCCAGACGAUGGGAGAAACCCUGUUCGAGCUCUUCAUGUCUCUAAAGUCUCUCAAACGCUUCAGGGAGUUCCUGCCUCUCAAAGAUACUAAGAUGUUGGCUCUGACUGGAUAUCACAACUGGUUCAAGACCUCUAUUCACAAAUGGUUGCAGAUUGUGCACGAAAGGUCUACUGACAGAAUCCGCAAAGCUGUGGAAAUGGAUGAGUUGGAGCCGAUCCAGAGUCAGACGAAACACAGCUCUUCUGCGGUGGACGUUACCGUGUGUUUCAGCCAGGUGCGGGAGUUUUGGGCCCAGCUGGCGUGGCCCGAUUCGGCAGGAGCCUUUAUUUUCAUCACACGACUGACGGACAAUUUCUGCAGCGAGGCGGUGUGUUACGCCGAGCUGAUCAAGCGCAAGAUUGAGAGGGACCAGCUGGAAAGAGACCACAAAAGCUUCGUCGUGCAGGUUUGCGUCGCUCUGAAUAGCACUGAGCAUGUGCGGCUGUAUCUAGGGGGUCUGCCACGGGACUUUGACUGGCGGGGAGUGGAACAGGCCAUGGAGGAGGCGUGCGGGUUGGAGGGUAAAGAGCAAGUCAACAAGUCCCUGAAUGGUCAGCUCUACAAUGCUGAUCUCGACCUGCAGAGAGAGGCUAAACGUCUGAUCACGCACCUCACUGAUAAGAUGCUUUCCGAACUAAGAAGAUGCAUUCAACACAUCAGCCUCUCACCAGACUCCAUUAACAACGAUGAGGCUGUAGCUCCUCUGAUGAAGUACCUAGAUGACACUCUAGUCAUCCUCAACAAGUCACUGGUUAAAGACAAUCUAACGAGGGUUUUGCAGAGCCUGUGGGAGCUGCUCCUGCGGAUGAUCCUUGACACUGUGGCGGAGAACAGGGGCGUCCAGGUGGAAUUCUUUACACGAUUCCAGUACACAGCCGAGACGCUGGUGCAUUUCUUUCACGCCGAUGGAGAAGGGCUGCUUCUGGAAGACCUUAAAAGUGGAGAUUAUAAGGUUCUGGAGGAUGAGCUGCGUCUGAACAAAUGCUCGUCCUUUGAGCUGAUCGAGCAGUAUUUUCUGGAGAAAAUCUCCCAGCAGAGAAUCCUUAAGCACAGUCGGUUUGGUCGUAUCAGUGUGAAGUGUUACUAUGACGCCCCUGAACAAAGACUUACUGUGGAGAUACUGCACGCAGCGGAUCUCAUCGCCCUGGAUGCUAACGGCCUCAGUGACCCGUUCGUCAUAGUGGAGCUCUGUCCUCAUCAUCUCUUCCCCACGGCUCGUAGUCAACGCACUCAAGUGAAGCUCAAAACCCUUCAUCCAGUUUUUGAUGAACUUUUUUACUUCCAUGUCAGCCCAGAGCAGUACAGGCACAGAUGUGCCUGUCUGACCUUCACUGUGAUGGACUAUGAUUGGUUGUCUACUAACGAUUUUGCCGGCGAGGCUGUAGCUCCACUGAGUGACUUCUGCUGGCCGGGAAGACCGAGUGCCACGCCCGCUGGAAAGACCCUUCAACCCAUUAUCCUGCAUCUGUCCCGGCAAAAACCAAGCGAGAAGCCCAUCAUGAAGAUGCUGGAGGCGAGAGCAGGAGACCGAGAGGCGCAAGAGUUUGUGAGGAAGCUGAAAGAGAUCGAGAAGUCGAUGGAGGAAGAGUAGUGUUUCCCCUGUAGUGCACGUACUGUAUUUCUGAUGGUGGUCUUUUAUACCUGUUGUACUAUGUUUACUCUUCAAAUGCAAACUCUUUCAAAUGUGUAUUUUUCACUGUUGUCCAAAAAAAGGUAUGGUAAAUGAUCACGUUUGAAGAUCAGUAUUUUAUCACUGUUUUAAUGUAAAAGCCCUCUGAUGGAGCUUGUUGUUAAUAGAUCUGUAUGAAUUUAGUGGUAGAAGGGUCUAUUUUGAACGGAAGAUUUCUCUGUUGAUGUGUUUUUUAAAGCUUACCCGAUGAGGCACAGAUUAUGACUUGAACUCAGAGAAACCGGAGCCACAGAUGUUUACUUGAGGAUUUUCAAAGAAGGCUUAACAAGUAAUAGAGCUUCUGUAAAUACAGCGGUUUUGUAAGGCCACAUACACUGCGGAUAAAUAGAGUUGUUACUUACGGACGCAUUAACAAAAUGCUUUAUUUUCUCGAAAGAAAGCAGACAGCAGACGACUCCGUGCCAGAGCCGCUCCGCAUCCGCAGACUUCGGCCCAGAUCCGGCCCGGAGUCAUCUGCUGUCUGGGAUCGUUCCAGACGCAAAAUGCCACACAUUGCUUGGGGUAAACAAUCUCAAAUAAGGCACAGAUUAUGACUUGAACUCAAGAGAAACCAGAGCCUUGAAAUACUUCAACACAGAAGUUUACUUGAGGAUUUUCAAAGAAGGCUUAACAAGUAAUAGAGCUUCUGUACAUACAGCAUACACUGCGGCUAAAUAGGGUUGUCACUUACGGACGCAUUAAAAAUCCUUGAAAGAAAGCAUACAGCAACCAGUCCAUGCCAGAGCCGCACCUCAUCCCCUGACUCCGGCCCGGAGUCAUCUGCUGUCUGGGAUAGUUACUGAUGCAGAAUGCCAUAUACAUGAAUAUCAGAUGACGUUAAAAAUCGUACGUCACUCACUUCUCAAACUUAUCUGAUUCGGCAAGAUGGAUACGUCAGUAUAUGUGUUUCUGUACUUUGUUUUACAUCAAAUAUUCAAUCAACAAUCAUAAACUUUGCAUUAUUUGAAAGCUAAAACACUCAAGAUUUAUGUUUUGAGCUUGUUUUUGCCAUCAAUGCACUGGAGUGAAAAUGAUUAAAUGAAAUACAGACGAACUGCAUAUUAAUAUGAAUUAAUACUCACAUAUCUUGCCAUAUGGUUCUGAUCAUUUCUGACAAAUCCAAAAAACGUUAGCGUACAUUGCAACGUAAGGGGCUGGACACACCAAAGCUUUUACGCCCGCGGCCGGUGCAUGUUUUCAUUUGUUACCAAUGAAAGCUCGGCGUUUUCAAAUAAGCCAGCAGCUAGCAGUUUUCUCCCGUGGUGAAAACCGGCGCCCGGCGGUUUUUCCGCGCUCAUCCCUGAGCACCGAGAGUUGAAAAAUGUUAAACUUUGGAUGAAAAGCUCUGCUCGUCAAUGUCAGUUCUCACGCGGCCGUCCAAUCACAGUGGAGGAGGGGCGGGACAAGUAGCACAGCAACCAACCGUCUCACAGCUGACGUAUCAGAGCUACCAAAGCGCGGCUUAGCUGAAGAAAGCUGGCACUCAGCUCAAAAACAGCUGGCAUCUGGCGUUGUCCAGGCGUUUUCAGCCGCGUUUAAAAGUUUUGGUGUACACAACCCCUAAGGGUCCACCCUUCAAAAUGCAUCCCACAUUUAAUCCAAAACAACAAAAAAUAGGGAAAAAUCCAGCAGAUCCUCGUUUGUUUACAUACGCGCUUGCGGUUAGUAUGAUCGAUUAUGUUUAUUUUCUAUCAAAUGUUAAUUCUUAUCACUGAAAAGUCAUCUCUUCUUCGUUAGACUGUUCCGAUGAUUAUUCCGCCUUAUUUUUCUGUUUUGUCCAAUCAGAUAAGUUUUGACCAAAAUGAAGCCAGCUAUUGCCUAUCCAGCAAAGUUUUACAAGGAUUCAACUUGCGUCAGUAAAAUGUACUUCUGCGCAAAUCAGAUGUUUUGGUAGCAUAGAGGCACGGCUAGAGCCGCUAAGAAACCUCUCCAGAGGUUAGAUAUAAACACCUCCAUUGUGGAUCGUCGACUGCAGAUUACUUUUUUGUGUUGAGAGUGUUUUGGAAAAGGUGAUAAGGAGCAUGAUCGAGGUGCAAAAAUACUGGGCUGUAUAAAAAUGAAAUCGCGUCGCAAAGUGGCACCGGACUGUGGAGCUGCGCUCGCCUCAGAUAAAGUAAGUUUGUAUUGUUAUGUUUAUCAUAUAUUUACAGUUUUUGUUUCAUGUUAGCUGUUUUUGAUUAUAAAAAUAACAGUGGAGAUGACUAAUGCUACGUACACAUCAAACGCGGGGCAUGGCGUUUCUCGCUCUAGAUUACUUACGGGAUUUUUGAACUUUGUGUCAUGCAAAUUUUCUCUCGAGUUUCAACUUGGACAAAGACGCAUUUGAGGCGAAUAACACGUGUUUUCGCAGUAAACAUUAGGGCUGUGUAUCGCCAACAAUUUCCCGAUACGAUACGUAUCCCGAUACAAGGGCCCCGAUACGAUGCGCAUCACGAUACAAGACUAUUUUGAAUUACAUUUUUGUUCUGAAUUUAGUAACAUUAUUAUUAUUAUUAUUAUUAUCAUCUGGUUAUUGUACAUUGAAUAAGCAGUGUUGUAACAGUGUUUUUGCCAUUCAUUUAUUAGCUUCUGGGGUAACUCAUAGAAAUACUUAAAAUCCCAGAGUUAGUACUUAACUUAUGUUUUUUUUAAAGCAGUUUUACAAAGAUGGUGCCUUACUCUAGGCAUUAUAUUUGUCUCUCAUUAUUCUAUAUCUAUGAAUAUAUCUAUAAACAUGCAGUCAGACUUAAUACUAUUUAAUAGAAAUCAGAUUAUUAAUGUGACAGCUAUAGUUUGAAGGAGCUCUGUAUCUCUUCUCUAGACGUACACUUUUCACAUGCAAAUCUUUGUUGUGUUUCUUCUCAAAUGCGUUAGUACUGUUUUAUAGACCCCUUCACGGUUCACGUCACAGGCUGGUCCCACUGCGCAUGUCGGGGUCAGAAAAGUCAUUACAGCAGAUUCAGUUGCGUAUUAUUCGGUAUCGUCUAAAAUGCCUACUUACGUCGUGGGCUGUGAAAAUCGCACCAGGUCUUCCGUUAAGUUUUCGCGAAUCAUGCAGAAUCUCAAAAACAAAAAAAUACAACAUCUGCGUCUGCAAGCAAUUAACGUGCAGACUGGGACAAUGCAAAGAUCAAAGAGGCUUGUGUUUGUAGUGCUCACUUCAUUUGAGGUAAGUCAGCAUUUUUCAGCACUGUUAGAUGAAAUUAUAAAGCCUAAAUGGUAUGAACAGUUUGACCCCAUGCUGCGCGGGCACCCGAUCGUCAUUCAAUGUUUACAAACCUUGAAGGGGUCUAUAAGAGAGUGGCUAAUAAAGCCCUUUGCAGUAGUAUUGGCUAAGAUAUCUGUGCUUUCAUACUGAAUGCGCGUGCGCGCUCGAGAGAGAGAGCGCGCAAGUACGCGGCUCGCUAUACAGGCACGUGCGCCAGCAAGACAGACACGCAAAGUGAAAGUAUACCCCGCUACCUUUAACUCUACGUUGCCUACUCCGCGGGACACAUGCGUCCUUUCCAUAUGGAUCACGGAUCAACAGCGAUUCGUCACGUUACUUUUAAAAGUGCAUCCAAAUCGAUACGGAAGGUGCUGUAUCGAUGCACGCAUCGUCAGGCGUCCAUGACGAUGUAUCGUCGUAUCGAUAUUUUGAACACAGCACUAGUAAACAUCCCGCCCAUAUAGCGUCAUUCGCAUCGCUUCACGCGAAGACACGUCUGAUCACGCUUUGCAAUAGUCCCUUUCACACAUACAGUCUUUACUGGUAAUUUACUGGUAAAUUGCAGUUAACAGAUCAUGUGUGAACAGAACCUUUCCGGUAAAUCAGUGCUCCCAAUUUACCAGUAAGACAGGUUGUAAGA